AUGGCAAACUCUACUGUUGAUAUCAUGUCUGGUGGGUUGGAGAGUGACGAAGAAUCCUCACCUUUCGAAACCCCUGUAAUCAUACUGAAUAGUGUCCUCAAUGCUCUACUGAUACCAAUAUGCAUCGCUGGCAAUGUUUUGGUACUAGCCGCCAUAUGGAGAAAUCCAUCCCUACACACUCCGUCUACCAUUUUGCUGUGCAGUCUUGCUGUUUCUGAUCUUUUCGUUCGGUUUCUUGUUCUUCCAGUUAACAUUGCCAUCGCCCUUAUACCGCUUUCUCGUGACGGUUAUCUCUCAUGUCUGUCACAAGCAAGGAUCUUCCUCAAUAUUCAACUCUGCGGUGUUUCCCUUGAAACAAUGACAGCCAUUAGCGUGGAUCGAUAUUUGGCCCUACGAUAUCACAUGCGAUAUCCAAAUUUGAUGACCUCUAAACGUGCAACGUACGUAGCAGCAACAUUUUGGUGUAAAAACGUCAUUUUAUCACUGAUUAGCAUUUGGAAGAAAAAUACUAUUCUUCUUGUUGCAGUUGUCUUUGUUGCCUUAUGUCUUUUCAUUUCUUCAAUAACUUACAGUGCAAUUUAUCGAAUCAUUUGA